AUGGUGUCGGCUGAGGAGCAUGAGCAAGUCAUCACGGAGGAGUGGGAGGUGCUUGAAAGCAUCUAUAUGAAUGAGCUUGAGCGUACGUCCCAACAUCUCACAAUAGGCAUAUCCCGUGAUCGCCUGCGGAUUCAGGUGGUGCCGGAAGACUAUGACAACAGCAAGAAGGAUCCCGUGCUGACGCUUGACGUGCGGUACACGGAUACAUACCCCGACGAGGUGCCGCUCUUGUGCAUCCGUGUUGUGGAGGAUGAACGUCAAGUGCUCGGUGCCCCGCCGCCCACGGACGAGACGGCGGAGCAUGAGACUGAAAUGCCGCUUGUUUCGGACACGCGUGAAGGUGUACAGACCUUGCUUCAUGGGUUGCAGCAGGUCGCUGAAGAAUCCCUUGGAAUGCCGAUGGUCUUUAGUCUCGCAUCGCACUUGCGCGAGUCUCUGACAGACUACAUGACAUCGCAGGCGCAAGCAGCUGAAAAGGCCGCUAAUGAAAAGCGCGAGGAGGAGCUGCGUGCAGAGGAGGAAAAGUUCCGGGGCACCGCUGUCACUGCCGAGCGCUUCCGUGCAUGGCAAGUCGAGUUUAUGAAGAAGCGUGCAGAGCUUAAGGCCAAGGAAGAAGAAGCCUACAUCGCUACGCUCACGGCCAAGGAGCGCGAAGAAUACCGUCGCAUGAAGGCCAAGCCAACAGGGCGCGAACUGUUUACCAAGCCAGGCGCGGGCAUCGAAGAGGACAAGGAUACUGACGAUGCCGUGCAGGACGUCGACUGGAGCCUGUACUCGCGUGAAGAGCGCGAGAAGCAGGCGCGUGAGGACGCCGAGCCUGAGACGGCCGAUGGCUAUGUGGACGAUCUCGACGAUUAG